UUUAGUACUACUCCUUCGGCAUGUCUGUCACCAUUUUCAAAACUCCUGCAACUAUGAUCAGAGGAACCUAAAUCCCCACCCUCCACCCCCACCGCAAUCCCAUCCCCAGCUCUCAACAUUUCUCGUGCAAUUUUGGCUGGAUCUGAUUCAUACAAAUUGUGGAAAAUUCAAGCCCUAAGGCCACAUGAGGGUGAAAUAGUGCCUCAUUGCGGUUUGUCGAAAAAGGAAGAUAUUAAAAAAGAUCGUCUUUUCAAUGUCUUAAUAGAGUGUAUUUAGAUCAAGUACCAUGGAAAUAUUUGCACUUAAAAUCAUCCUGCUUCCGGUAACAGGCGAAGAGAAUGAGAGAGGGAAAUUAUAAGCUCAUUACUUUCAUAGAAAGGAAUCAGAGAAAGAGAUAUUCAAGGCACCUCUAAAGUUUUUAAUCGGCAUGAACAGUUCCAAUGGGCAAGAUAGAGGGCUCAUCUAAUUAGGAAGCUGGGCUGUUGUUAACUUGAUUUAUUUGGAUACACAAUAUGAGAAAGUUAUACAGCUUAUUGUAGCUGAAGCUUUUGCUAAUAAGGUGCAAUGGAGAUGUCAUUGUUGAAAGUUCUUCUCAACAACAUCUCCCAAUUUUUCCAUUUAUCAUCAAGUGAAAGCAUAAGUGAUGUACUGGUUCAGAGGUAUUAUUGCAAGAAUGAGGAUGUGCUGAAUAUUUUAAAGCCGAUUCUUGAGGCCAUUGUUGAUGUUGAAGCAGCUUCCAAUGAGCUGCUUCAGAAAGCAUUUGGCAGAGUAGCUCAAUUUAUUGAUGGACUGAGGGAGCUGUAUGAAACCUGGCAACCAUUGGGCAGUAAAGUUUAUUUUGUUCUGCAAGCUGAAUCACUGAUUGUAAAAAUCCGAACAUGUAGUCUUGAAAUUCUCGAGCUACUUAAAACUUAUCAUCAAUGCCUUCCUGCUGAUACAACUUUGACAUCUCUUGAGGUAGGGAGCCAAAAACAGCACUCUAUACUAAAAAUUAAGUAUGUGGAUUAUGAACUGAUGUCCAUGACUAUCACAAAGGCUAUUAAGGCUCAAAUGGAAGGGUUGGGAGCAAGCUCAGACAGCUUUGCAAAAAUUGCCGAUUGCCUUAGAUUGAACUCAAACAAAGAGCUUUUGAUUGAGCUUGUGGCCCUUGAACAAUUGAAGGAGAACGCUGAACAAGCUGAAAAGAGUGAGGAAGUUGAAUAUAUUGAGCAAAUUAUAGCGCUUGUUUCCAAUAUGCAUGACCGCUUUGUCACAAUGAAGCAGUCUCAGACCUGCACGCCUGUGCCGAUACCUCCUGAUUUUUGUUGCCCCCUCUCACUUGAGUUGAUGACUGACCCUGUAAUUGUUGCUUCCGGACAAACUUAUGAGCGAGCUUUUAUAAGGAAAUGGAUUGAUCUCGGUCUUACUGUUUGUCCUAAGACAAGGCAAACGCUGGGGCACACAAAUCUCAUUCCUAAUUACACUGUUAAGGCACUUAUUGCAAAUUGGUGUGAAUCAAACAAUGUAAAGCUGCCUGAUCCGAUGAAAUCUCUGAGCUUGAAUCAGCCGUGUUCACUUCUAGCACAUGCAGAUUCUGGUGUGCCCAGGGAUACCCAGGGUUUUCCCCUUCCGAGGGGCAAUCACUCUUCGUCACCAGAUUCUGCUCGCUCUUUAAGUUCUCCUAGGAAGAGUUUGAUUUCAUCAAGUAUAAACCAAAGAGAAGGAUCAUCUCCAUCCCAUCCCCAUUCCUCUUCAGAUGAUUCUUUACCUGGAGUUGCUAGUAAUAUGCUUGCUCUGGAUGUUGAAAGGAUAUCUAUUAAGAGUUCUGAAGAACGUAUGGCCCACUCUGGAGAGAUAAAAUCAACUGGUAAUAGUAUGUUAGCAGCCGAUGAACACUCCCUUGUAGGUCAUAAUCGAACUACCUCGGCACCCAGCACACUAUCUAAUUCAAACUUUUCACCUGCAAUUUCUGGUGAUGGAAAUGAAGUGUCUUCAAGGUCAGCAGCGGCUGCGACUGAUGCUUCAGGGGAUGUGUCAGAAUCCCGUCCUGCUGCUCCAUUGUCUGUCCUACGAAGGGAGCCGGAAUUCCCAUCCAUGUUGGAGACAAGAGCUCGAAAUCAAUCCAUCUGGCGUAGACCUUCUGAGAGGUUUCCUAGAAUAGUUUCUUCUGCUACGGUCGAAAGAAGGGCUGAUCUUUUGGAAGUUGAGGAGCAAGUGAGGAAGCUAGUUCAGGACUUGAAUAGCGAUUCCAUUGAUGUGCAAAGAGAUGCCACAGCUGAACUCCGAUUACUUGCCAAGCACAAUAUGGAUAAUCGUAUUGUAAUUGCAAGCUGUGGUGCUAUCAACUUGUUGGUCAACUUACUUCAUUCGGAAGACAUGAAUGUACAGGAAAAUGCUGUUACUGCACUUCUCAACUUAUCAAUUAAUGACAACAACAAGUGUUUGAUUGCAAAUGCCGAUGCAAUUGAACCUCUGAUUCAUGUCCUUCAAACAGGGACUGCUGAGGCUAAAGAAAACUCCGCUGCUACACUUUUUAGCCUUUCUGUGAUUGAGGAUAACAAGAUGAAGAUUGGGAGGUCUGGGGCUAUAAAACCUCUUGUGGAUUUGUUGGGUAAUGGAACUCCUAGGGGAAAGAAGGAUGCAGCAACAGCUUUGUUUAACUUGUCAAUACUUCAUGAAAACAAGGCUCGCAUUGUGCAGGCUGGUGCUGUAAAGUUUCUCGUAGAGUUGAUGGACCCCGCUGCUGGGAUGGUCGACAAGGCUGUUGCUGUUUUGUCAAAUCUUGCAACCAUUCACGAGGGAAGAGCAGCAAUUGGUCAGGAAGGAGGGAUUGCUGUUCUGGUUGAGGUUGUUGAGUUGGGUUCCGCAAGAGGUAAGGAGAAUGCAGCAGCAGCUCUGUUGCAAUUAUGCACUAACAGUAGCAGAUUCUGCAACAUGGUUCUCCAGGAAGGAGCUGUACCUCCAUUAGUGGCAUUGUCACAGUCUGGAACUCCUAGAGCCAGAGAAAAGGCUCAGGCACUUCUUAGCUACUUCAGAAACCAACGGCAUGGUAAUGCAGGGAGGGGCUGAUUUAUACAUUGAACAUAAUACUUUUCUUGAGGUAAUUAAUUAACUGAUUAAAUGAUGUGUGUAAAUUUUAUAUUGAAAGUUAUUCAUGUAGAGAUUCUGCUUAUUGCUAAAAUUUGUGAUAUGAGAAAGAAAAAUGAUAUAUGGAGGUUCUUAUGAGUCCAUCCCAUUAAGAACUUACUUUAUACUUGUAAAAAGUUUCAGAUUGCAUCAGUUAUAAUGUUACAUUGGCGAGAUCGAUAA